CUAAUUAUCGCACGUGUUUCCACAAAACAUAUGUUUUUCACUAAAAAAAACUGUCCAUUGAUAAACAUUUUUUGUUGCUACAAACUACUAUUGCUAUUUCUUGUCCACUACUCGAGGAUAUUGUGUUGCCAAAAUGCCUGUACAAGCUAAAAUCGGUCCAUCAAUUUUAAAUGCAGAUCUGGCUGAUUUAGCUGCUGAAUCUCAAAAGUUACUCGAUAAUGGAGCAGACUAUUUGCAUUUAGAUGUAAUGGAUGGCCACUUUGUACCGAAUCUCACCUUUGGACACUCCGUUGUAAAAUGUUUACGUAGUAAAGUCAAAGAAGCCUUUUUUGAGACUCAUAUGAUGGUUUCGAAACCCCAACAGUGGGUUGAACCAAUGGCUGAUGCUGGUGUUAACCUUUACACCUUUCACGUUGAACCCGUUGUUGAUGAUAUUGCAGAAAUUUGCCGAAAAAUCAAAGAAUCUGGUAUGAAAGUUGGUUUAGCUAUCAAACCAGGAACUGGAGUGGAAGUACUACAAAAUUAUCUCGAUUUGGCUGAUGUGGCCCUAGUAAUGACAGUUGAACCAGGAUUUGGAGGUCAAUCAUUUAUGGCCGAUAUGAUGCCAAAAGUUGAAUGGCUACGUCAAAACUAUCCCGAUUUAGAUAUUGAAGUUGAUGGCGGUGUUGGUCCUAAUACUAUUGAUUGUUGUGCUAAGGCUGGUGCUAAUAUGAUUGUCUCUGGUACUGCAGUUAUACGCGCUCCCGAUCAAAAGGCUGUUAUUGGUCUUUUGAAGUCUACAGUACAAACCUAUAAUAAGUAAUUUUUUACGUUUGCAUGUUUUUUAAUUUACGCCGAUAUUUCCAAUUAAUUCAAUACAUUUAAAGUUACUAAAUGUGGUUUUGCAUUUAAAAUAUGGUAAAUUGUUAUUAAGAAUUUAAACCUAGUUUUAAUAUAAAUGAAAAAAAUAAAAUAAAUAAAUAUUUUAUUUUAUAAAAACAA